UCAUUUCUCAAAUCCCUUCCGUUGCUUUAAACUCUCAGAGUUCUCCUCAGAAGCACUGUGAGGCUUGAGAGCAAUGGAGAUGGCUAUCGCAUUUCACAAACCUCUCAAUUCUCGUCUCUCCAUCAACCCUAACCCUAACUCUAGGAGAGGCCUUUGUUUCUCGUCAUCUCUGCUAUUCAAUUGCAGAUUGCCUUCAUCUCCAAUUGCCACAACACCAUUCAAAUUCCCCUUCAGAAAUUCGGUCCCCGCUCCGAUCAAAUGCUCUAUUUCCACAGAAACUGCCAAAGAGAAAAAGAGGCAGUUAAUGCGAAGAAGAGACAUAAGGAACAUUGCGAUUGUUGCUCAUGUAGAUCAUGGAAAGACUACAUUAGUGGAUGCAAUGCUGAAGCAAGCAAAGGUAUUUCGUGAUAACCAAUUUGUACAGGAAAGAAUAAUGGACUCAAAUGAUCUAGAGCGUGAAAGGGGAAUUACAAUACUUAGCAAAAACACAUCAAUCGGCUAUAAGGAUACAAAAAUAAACAUUAUUGAUACUCCUGGCCACUCUGAUUUUGGAGGUGAAGUGGAACGCAUACUCAAUAUGGUGGAGGGGGUUCUUCUAGUGGUAGAUUCUGUUGAGGGGCCGAUGCCACAAACAAGAUUUGUUUUAAAGAAGGCUCUGGAAUUUGGGCAUGCUGUUGUUGUAGUUGUUAAUAAGAUCGAUAGGCCUUCUGCUCGCCCAGAUUAUGUCAUCAAUGCCACUUUUGAACUCUUUAUUGAACUGAAUGCUACAGAUGAACAGUGCGAUUUCCAAGCGAUAUAUGCAAGUGGUAUCAAAGGAAAGGCUGGACUAUCUCCUGAAAAUUUGGCAGAUGAUCUUGGACCACUUUUUGAAUCUAUAAUUAGAUGUAUACCUGGACCACGAAUUGACAAAGAUGGUGCACUACAAAUGCUUGCUACAAAUAUUGAAUAUGAUGAACAUAAAGGUCGGAUUGCUAUUGGACGCGUUCAUGCUGGGGUUUUGCAGAAGGGAAUGGAUGUGAGGGUAUGCACCACAGAAGAUGCUUGUAGAUAUGCAAGAGUCAGUGAACUUUUUGUAUAUGAAAAAUUCAGUAGGGUUCCUGCAGCAACUGUGGAAGCUGGUGAUAUAUGUGCUGUUUGUGGUAUUGAUGACAUUCAGAUUGGAGAGACAAUUGCCGACAAAAGUUCUGGGAAGCCAUUACCUGCCAUUAAGGUAGAAGAGCCAACAGUGAAAAUGGCUUUUUCUAUCAAUACUUCACCUUUUGUUGGCCGUGAGGGAAAGUAUGUUACCAGUAGAAACCUAAGAGACCGGCUCUAUCGUGAGAUUGAGCGGAAUUUGGCUAUGAGAGUUGAAGAUGGUGAAACUGCAGAUACAUUCAUUGUUAGUGGGCGGGGUACUUUACAUAUUACCAUACUGAUAGAAAACAUGCGAAGGGAAGGAUAUGAAUUCAUGGUGGGCCCCCCAAAAGUUAUCAACAAAAGAGUGGAUGACAAGUUGCAGGAACCUUUUGAGAUUGCCACUGUGGAGGUACCAGAAGAACACAUGGGUUCUGUGGUUGAACUUCUUGGCAAAAGGCGUGGGCAGAUGUUUGAUAUGCAAGGAGUUGGGUCUGAGGGAACUACACUACUUAAAUACAAGAUACCAACCCGUGGCCUUCUUGGAUUGCGAAAUGCAAUUUUAACAGCUUCUCGAGGCACUGCAAUUCUCAAUACCAUAUUUGAUAGCUAUGGACCUUGGGCUGGUGAUAUUAAUACCAGGGAUCAGGGUUCAUUGGUUGCAUUCGAGGAGGGAAGCACAACAUCUUAUGCCCUUUGUAGUUCACAGGAGAGAGGGCAGAUGUUUGUUGGACCUGGAGUUGACGUUUAUAAAGGACAAAUUGUAGGCAUUCAUCAGCGUCCUGGUGACUUAUCCCUAAAUGUGUGCAAGAAGAAGGCUGCAACAAAUGUGCGGUCCAACAAGGAACAAACUGUGGUUCUUGACACACCUUUGGAUUACAGUCUAGAUGACUGCAUAGAGUACAUUCAAGAAGAUGAGAUGGUGGAAGUCACUCCUUUAAGCAUCCGAAUGUGCAAGAAUCCAAAAUUUGCAAAGAAGACAAGGUAAGGACUCAUUGCGUGCCCUGCAGGUCCGCUAACCGCUUAUCCCUCAACUCCAUAUAGCAUUUCCAAACUUUGAAUUUAUAAAAGACAUAGAGUUAUGCCAAGUUUUGCUGCAAUAUUGGAUAAUUGUAUCAUGUAUUCAUUCAUGUUGGUAUAAAAUGUCAAAGUUUAAUCACUAAAGCAUAUUUUCAAAAUUAAUAGAAAGAAACCAAGUUCUCAUUA